GUGUUUGGCGCUCCAAUUCCCCGCAAACGUGAUGGCUCGAGCUGUCACGGAGUAUCCCAGGCGAUUGAGCUCACUCUGCAAGGCAGACGCCAUGGCACCGAAAAAAAAGGCUAGCCUUCCCACGUUCGAGGUCUCCAAGAGCGACCUAACCAAGGCACAAGAGGUUCUCGCAAAUGAGGAGGAGAUGAAGCGCCAACGAUCCAACCUGUCCUACUGGCUCCGAGGGCAAGGUGCCAAGGCCGCCUACGACAAUCUGAACAAUGCUAAGAAGAACGAGUUCCUGGUUAAUUGGUUCGCUGACAAGGUGAAGAAGCUCGAGGGAGAGAACAAGCUCAGCUCGAUACGCUCGCUCCGAGUUCAAAGCCAGGUUGCCCAAGAUCACGAGUGGAUGUCGAAGGAGACAAUCUACCAGCGGCUCGGCCCGAACAAGGGCCAGGCCCAGAUCGACAGCGGCACAUUGGAGACUCGAGCUGACCAGGCCACGGGCAAGCACGGAGAGUUCCUCACCGAAUACAAGAUCUAUUUCGGGAGGGGGAGCGAGAGCGAGACCAAGACGAACGACAAGAACCUGUCCAACGAGCAGAAGAUCACCGACGAGGCGAGGGCGAAGGAGAUCCUCGACCACGUCGAGAGCAUCGCGGAGAAUAUCGCAGGGGUACCGUCGGCGACUUCGAGCGGCUCCACAGAUCUGGCACCUGUCGAAGUCAAGGUCGAGGUGAAGUCGGAGUUCGGCAAGUUCCAGAAGACGGCGGAGGCUAUCAAGAAGGAUCCGAGGAAGGUCUUGCGUUCGACCAAUGAGAUGCUGACGGAGCUCAAGAAGAUUCUCACGACCACCAAGGAUAACAAGUACGCAGUUGCAGCGCACGAGGACGCGCAGAAACUCAUUCCCAGAACGGCGGCUAUCUACAAAGUAAUGGAGGAUCUCGUGGUCAAUGACACUGCCGAUGACGUUCGUGCAAUGGCUGUGGCACAGAAGCUGGAUCCCAUCUUCUCGGACUUCAACACCGUCAACGAAUGGUACUCGAAGAUCAACCCGAAGUCGAACAAGAAGGCCAAGACGAGCUAG